AUGGCGACGACUCCCACUCGUUGCGACGAAGCGCCGUCUGCGAGGCUCGCUUGUUUAGAGGCACAGAAGGCGUGCAGCCCUGUUUGGAUCGACGACGCGCGCUCGAGAAUACGGCAAGCGGCAUUGGCGGUGCUGGAGACGCAGCAGCAGUCUCAGCACCUCGCUUCUAUUGUGGACGACCACAUGCUGUUGGACGGCCCCGAGCCGCGCUGGACUGAGCCUGUGUGGAGCAUGGAGAACGAAGACUACUCAAUGCCAGCGUUUGUGGAAGAGGAUAUUGAUGAGGACUCACAAACGCUGCACUCCGAAAUGGCGGCGCCGAAGCGACUCGUACUGUCGGUGCUGCUGCUACUCGUGCUCGCGUCGGCAUGUCCACAGCCCGCGUCAGCGAAGCUACGCGACAGAAUCCGCAAGUGGAUUGGGAGGGGGUCUCCCGCCCCUCCCGGCGGGCCUUCGAGCAAAUCGGGGCCAAUCUCGAUGGACAAAGUCAAGGAAGUCGCGAAAGUCGUCAAGUUACUCGCGCAAAACAAGGAGUUCGUGCGACUGUUCUGGAAAGGAGACGUCGCGGAUUUGCUGCUGCGCGCGCUGCGGCGGUCGAACGAGGUGACGCUGCUGGCACCGUCGCCCGACGCGGCGAAGGCGGAGCUGCCAGACGACUCGCCAUUGGUGAAGAGCAAGAAGACCAUGCGCCGCCUCCUGCGCUACUGCCUCGUCCUCGGCCGCCUCGUCACCUACACCAACCUCGUCGAAGAUCCCGCUGGAACCAAGUAUCCGACAAUGUACGGGCAGCCGCAGGUCAAAUCCGCAGAAAGCUCUUUUUUCACGGUGUACUUCCGAACGCCCUCGGGAAAAGAGAACAGCACGCUAGUAGCACCCAACCUGUUCGAGGGGAAGUUCCUCCAGGUGCACCUUGUAUCAGAUGUGCUUAUACCGGAUGGGUUUUUCGGCUCCCCGUCACCCCCGCCGGAGGAAGACGAUCCGGUCGAUGGCUCGCCGCCGGGGGAAACGGGCAGCGCGGGCGCUGCGUCUACUCCCCCCGCUCCCCCGCCGCCCGCGUUCACGGGCAUGACGCCCCGCACACCAUGA